AGUUGAUGAAGAAACGGAAACGGAUGGAUAAGUUGAAGUCGAGGCAGACGUUUCGAUUGAGGGGGUAGGUUCUUUAUUUGGGACUGGCAAUGGGGUCGGGUUUCUGGCAUUUUCACUGGUAGGAAGGUUCGAGUCCCCUCUUGAUUUGGUUAAUUGAGAGGCGAUCGUUACUUUUUCCGUCAUAUUUCUCCAAUUGGUGGUGGAUAAUGAGUUUUAAAAAAAAAAUAAAUUAGGAAUUUUUGUAGACUACUAUUUAUAAAUAUGUAGACUUUGCAUGAAUUUUACCUAUUUUGCGAAUUUCUCAAGUCUCGUUUAGUGGCUGCUAUCGUAGCAACUAAAUAGGUACAAAAAUUCGUCCAUGUGCAAAAAUCUGUAUAAAAUUAAAAUCUCCCCUGUUGAUCUACAGGGUGCAAAUUCUAUGCCAAAUUAAUAGCACCAAUAAUGGAUGCUAAAGAAAAAUGUACCCAGCAAAAAAGGGGACAUGCGUUUUUAUUAAAUGCCGAAUUAGUACCACUUCUAAAACAAUCCAACAUGUUAUAUAGACGAUUGUUGAGCAUCUCACAUUGAUAGAUACAAAGGUGGUAGUAAAUUUAAUUUAAUUGUUACAUCGCAAAUUAUAAAACAACCAGCUACACUCCUUGCUCGCCAAUAAUUAAGAGCUUCUUUGUGACGCUCUCUUCAGUAUAGAUUCAUCUGAUAUUAAAAUUAACAUGCAAGAUUUUAAUAUACAAGACGCUUGACCGUUUAAAGUGCUAAGUAAGUGCGUGUUAAGAUCUUGAUCUGUGACUUGAUAGCCAACUUUCAUCGUGUUUGAUUUUUCAAUUAGAAGAUCUCAUUGUAUUGUAUUGCAGAAACCUAAAGGGUUGAUUCAGCUAGGCAGAUUUAACAGUUAAAUAUUUAAAUCCAAUUAUGGUUCAGUGUUCCAGAUUUAUUUCAAAAUUGUUAUCGUUUUUGGCCAACUGUGUUUUGUGGAUUGUGCUCGUUUGUGUUUAUACAGUUCCACUAUUAAUUGGGUUUUGUAUUCGGUGUACAAUUAAUUAUGCUGUACAAAGAAGAGAGUCUUCAUUGACUCCGUUAAGUCCAAAUGAUAUCUUACUUAUCAGAGAAGCACCAGACAAGCAGCCCAUUGCAAAUGGUGGACUAAUUAUCAAAGUGGAUGGAAAAUUAGAUUUUGUGAGCAUUAGGGAACAGUUUUUCAAACUAUUUCUUCAAACGGGAAAUCUGGAUCGAUAUGAAAAUUUGUAUUGUGACAUCGUCAAGCGGUGUGGAUAUCUCUACAAACGGAGGAUUGUUGAGGAUUUUACAUUGCCGAGGUGGGAGGACCACUUCAUUUACAAGGAGGAGAAUCUCACAGAUAUAAAGAAAGAAUUCUCUGCCUGGUUUCAAGAAAAAUAUGUCGAAGGUAAACCUCUCUGGCAAAUGUUGGUCGCAGUUUCACCCACCAGUGACGAGUCUUGGGUGGGUUUCAAAGGUCACCACGCCCUUAUGGAUGGCUACUCUUUCGUACAUAUUUUGGACACAAUGUGCAACAAUCAACCAAUGAAACUGGGUGCUAAAGAGGAAAACUUCUCCAGGAUUGAAACAAUCCAACUCGUAUUUUCUCUUCCCCUCGUGGCCAUAAAGUAUCUCCUUCGUCACUUCUGGUUCAAGGACGGAUUUCCAACUGACCUCCCCAAAUUGACCGAGGAGGCCGUGUUACCUAUCGCUCUUGCCUCAGUGGACCUUCAACCUCUUAAAAUGAUUCGGAGAAAACUGAACCUAAAGUUCCCAUCGAUCGUGUACUCUCUCCAAGUGGGGGCACUCAGCAGAGCAUUGGCUGACAUUGACAUGAAGGAGACGCUGCUCAGCACAUCAUUUCCCGUCCCAAACCAUCCAAGGAAUAAAUUAACAAAUCACUGGAGUGGAGGAACCGUGAAGAUUCCGUUUAGGGAAAAUAGCGCUUUGAAAAGAGUCUUAGCGUCAAACGACUCUUUUAAUAAAAUGACGGGGCAGCAAGGACCUUAUUUAGUAUGGAAAUAUGUGGCCUGGCUGCCCUGGUUAUUUCCAGCAUUCCUCAACUAUUCCAUGUCAUUCUCCAACUUGAGCCUAUUCAGGUACCGGGCGAGCAUGUCUUGCAUGCUGCAGUCCGAGGUCGAGUAUACUUUGAUGGGUUGCAAGGUCAUAAAUGUGUUUCAUGCCCCAGUAAUGAAGGACUCCUUUCCUCAAGCAGUAAUUUUGGGAUGCUCAUCUACUCACAGCACAAAAUGUGAUUUCAGUCUUUUCGGUCAUCCUGCUCUAUUUCACGAUCAAGAUGAGAUGGACCGUUUGAUGGGUCACUUGAAAAGUGAGCUUGAACAACUUUUGCGUGAAUGUGACUUGGAUGAAAUUAAUUUAAAUUGGAAGCAGGAGUAAAUGUACGGGCAUAAUUAUAUACAUGGUAUUGACGUAAUAAUUUGGGUGAUAUGUGUGUAAAAUACGUACAAAUAAACAGAUUUUCCAUAUGUA